CCGGAAGUGAGAUUGUUUUCAUUUUGAAAGUUUUUGAAAUAUCUAUGAAAAAAUGGAAAAGAGUCUAGAAAAACAUCUUGAAGAAACAUUUAAGAUUCCUGGAGUCAGUGGUAUUAUUUGUACAGAUGAACAGGGUCUUUGUCUUGCAUCAAAAGGUGUGAGUAAUUCCAAUUGUUCAGGAUCAAUAGCAAGUGUUGCCCAACAGGCUGAACAUUUACGAAAGACCUCCAACUCACCAAGUAUAUAUAUAGAAUCAGAAAAUGGGAAUCUUUUGAUUGGCCGAAGGGAAAAUAUUACCAUGGCAAUAUUUAAAUCAGAUUAAUAGACACUAUCCUUUCUGUUUAAACUUACUUGUCUACAUUUUUGGAUGGAGGUUCUGUUAUUUUGUUCAAUUUUAUCACAAAUACAAGAUUUCCAGAAUAUUUUGACAAAGUAUUCUUAAUACGUAGCAAUUGUAGUAAUGGUUGCUGAAUAUUUUUAAAAAUGUGUAUUAACACACAUUUCUCCAUUUAUUGUUUUCAUAUUAAGUCCAACAGAACUCCUUUGAUAUCUUUGUGUGCAAUCUUGUAUAUAACAAAGAUUACUGUUAAUGUUUGUGUAUAUUGGUAUAAUUUUGUUAAAUGUAUAUCUCUCAAUAUUGUAUAUUUGAUGGGACAAUAAUAAAUUUGUAAUUUAUAUAUUUU